CCCUUCUCUUGUCAUGGCUAGCCGAGGGGGUCGGCAGCGCCUGAAGGGCGGUGGCGGCAGCGGCGGGGAAACGGCAUCAGCCGCGGACAAGUUGCGGGAACUGCUGGGCAGCCGAGAUCCGGGAAGCUCAGAGCACCGGCCGGAGUUAUCUGGAAACAAAGCAGGACAGGUCUGGGCACCUGAAGGAUCUACUGCUUUCAAGUGUCUGCUCUCAGCAAGGUUAUGUGCUGCUCUCCUGAGCAACAUCUCUGACUGCGAUGAAACAUUCAACUACUGGGAACCAACACACUACCUCAUCUACGGAAAGGGGUUUCAAACUUGGGAAUAUUCCCCAGUGUAUGCCAUUCGCUCCUAUGCUUACCUGUUGCUUCAUGCCUGGCCAGCUGCAUUUCAUGCAAGAAUUCUACAAACUAAUAAGAUUCUUGUCUUUUACUUUUUGCGAUGUCUUCUGGCUUUUGUGAGCUGUAUUUGUGAACUUUACUUUUACAAGGCUGUGUGCAAAAAGUUUGGGCUCCAUGUGAGUCGAAUGAUGCUAGCCUUCUUGGUGCUCAGCACUGGCAUGUUUUGUUCAUCAUCUGCAUUCCUUCCUAGUAGCUUCUGUAUGUAUACCACGUUGAUAGCCAUGACUGGAUGGUAUAUGGACAAGACUGCCAUUGCUGUAUUGGGAGUAGCAGCUGGGGCUAUCUUAGGCUGGCCAUUCAGUGCGGCUCUUGGUUUACCCAUUGCCUUUGAUUUGCUGGUCAUGAAACACAGGUGGAAAAGUUUCUUUCAUUGGUCACUGGUGGCCCUAAUUCUCUUUCUGGUGCCUGUGGUGGUCAUCGACAGCUACUAUUAUGGGAAAUUGGUCAUUGCACCACUCAACAUUGUUUUGUAUAAUGUCUUCACUUCUCAUGGACCUGAUCUCUAUGGUACAGAACCCUGGUAUUUCUAUUUAGUUAAUGGAUUUUUGAAUUUCAAUGUAGCCUUUGCUUUGGCUCUUCUGGUCUUGCCACUGACUUCUCUUAUGGAAUACCUGCUGCAGAGAUUUCAUGUUCAGAAUUUAGGCCACCCAUACUGGCUUACCUUGGCUCCAAUGUAUAUUUGGUUUAUGAUUUUCUUCAUCCAGCCUCACAAAGAGGAGAGAUUCCUUUUCCCUGUAUAUCCACUUAUAUGUCUCUGUGGUGCUGUAGCUCUUUCUGCACUUCAGAAAUGUUACCACUUCGUGUUUCAACGAUAUCGCCUGGAGCACUAUACUGUGACAUCAAAUUGGCUGGCCUUAGGAACCGUCUUCCUCUUUGGGCUUUUAUCAUUUUCCCGCUCUGUGGCACUAUUCAGAGGAUACCAUGGGCCCCUUGAUUUGUAUCCAGAAUUUUAUAGAAUUGCUACAGACCCAACUAUCCACACUGUCCCAGAAGGUAGACCUGUGAAUGUCUGUGUGGGAAAAGAGUGGUAUCGAUUUCCCAGCAGCUUCCUUCUGCCAGAAAAUUGGCAGCUUCAGUUCAUUCCAUCAGAGUUCAGAGGUCAGUUACCAAAACCUUUUGCAGAGGGACCACUGGCUACCCGGGUUGUUCCUACCGACAUGAAUGAUCAGAACCUAGAAGAGCCAUCCAGAUAUAUUGACAUCAGCAAAUGUCAUUAUUUAGUGGAUUUGGACACCAUGAGAGAAACACUGCGGGAGCCGAAAUAUUUAUCCAAUCGGGAAGAAUGGAUCAGCUUGGCCCAUAGACCAUUCCUUGAUGCUUCUAGAUCUUCAAAGCUGCUUCGGGCAUUCUAUGUCCCCUACCUUUCAGAUCAGUAUACAGUGUAUGCAAACUACACUAUCCUUAAACCCCGGAAGACAAAGCAAACCAGGAAGAAAAGUGGAGACCGGAGAAGAGCAGAAUCAUCUCACAGGAAGAAUUGAAAGUCCCUGGACUGGAUGCCUGUGUUAAGCUGUUCUCCACACUCUGGCCUGGCAUCUGAGAACUAGCAAGGCUCUCUUAGGCCAUGUGGGCUCCUCCACCAAAGCUGUUGGCAGCUCCUAGCAGACCUUGUUCAAAUCCUAAUGCUGAAAUUGAGCAUAGCCUACUUGUCAUCUCCAGCAAGACAAAGCUUCUAUCAAGCACUUCACAGGACUAGUACCCUGUCCUGGAGCUAUCUCAGGAAAAAGGCGACCAUUUGAGGAACUGUGACCCGAUUUUAUU